AUGACUGGUGGAUUCACCCCCGGGCUGACCUGUCGUUGGAAUCAUUCUCUCCUAGGAUCAAUCUUUGGCCCGAAAAAGCAACUCCACGAUCUUAGUGGUAGGGUGGCGGUCGUCACGGGCGGUGCGUUUGGUAUUGGAUAUGAGAUAUCGCGCGCUUUCGUCGAAGCUAAAGCCAAAGUGAUCAUGGUCAAUCGAAACUGGGAUCACGGCUCCGCAGCGAUCAGGUCGAUCAAAAAGGAUUUCGGAUCCGACGCCCCCGUCGAGUGGAUCCAUUGCGAUCUGGGCAAUCUGGAAGAGACCAGGAAGGUCUUUUGCACGAUCCGCGAGAAGGAGGAGCGGCUAGAUAUUCUGGUCUUGUCAGCCGGCAUCAAUGCCAACCAGUUCGCUCUCGACCACGAUAACAUUGAACAUAUCUUUGGUGUCAACUGGCUCGGGAAUUUUUAUGCGACGAAUCUGCUCUACCCGCUAAUGCGGCGAACCUCGAAGAUGCCCUCGACGCCGGCUCCACGGAUCGUGAUGGAGUCGUCCGAGGUGCACCGGGCGACCCCUUCGUCUGUUAAGUUUCGGUCACUCGAAGAGAUCAAUGACUCCAAUCUUGGACCGAUACACCGUUACGCCCGCUCCAAGCUGGCGAUGAUUCUCGGGGUCAAGUACGGCCUGGUGGAAAGAGUGAUCAAACCAAAUGGCGACAAUAUCUAUGCGAUUGCAGUCCAUCCAGGGACGGUUAAUACUGCGAUACAGCAGCAGUUAAAAGACGCCUAUCCCGGUUGGUUUGGCUCGUUGUUGACGAAUCUGUCGCUGUCAAUCGGUCGGAGCCCUGAACAAGGCGCCUGCAGUGCAGUUUAUGCCGCAUCCAGUCCAGAAAUCGAGCAGAAAGGCUGGAAUGGGGUUUAUCUGACAGAUCCGGGAAAACUCGGAAAGGAGAGCUCGCAAGCCAGGGAUCCAGAACUAGGCGCUGCACUGUGGAGGCUGAGCGAGGAACUGGUCAGAGAAAAGCUUGGCGAAGACGCACUGGCGGACUGGCAUUCCUCUUGA